UGACGGCCCGGCUGGCCAAUGGGAGGGGCGGAGCGUGAGGGGACACGUCUGAAGGGACGAAGAGUCGAGGAGACUUGAAGGGACGAAUGAACCGAUAUUCAGUAUCCUGUUGCCAAGAAUUCAGGCUAAUGCUGAGUGGGUGUUUCCAAAGCCGUGGUGAGCUGCUCCAGAGUGAAGGUUGAUGUGUUCCUGAAUUGUCCACCUUCUGGCUGGAGACGUGGCUCUUCUUUACCUCAAGCAGAACAAUCACAACAAGGUAGAAGUACUUCCAACGUCUAGGCUUCUUCUGCAUCUCCUGCCUUCCAUCGUAACCUGCGAGUGACAAUGUCCCACCAUAUGGGUCAUAAUAUAACCGGCUCGGCAAUGCCCACCUCCGAUCCUCAUGCGCACCAUCACAACACAAUGGCCCCAGGACAUAUGCACAGUGAAGGGAUGGCAAUGACCUUCUACUUUGGAUAUGAGAACGUGCCUUUGCUGUUUUCCGGGCUUGUCAUCAACACACCUGGAGAAAUGGCAGGAGCAUUUGUGGCCAUCUUCCUGCUGGCCAUGUUCUAUGAAGGCCUCAAGAUCGCCCGCGAGAGCCUCCUCCGGAAGUCGCAGGUCAGCAUCCGCUACAACUCCAUGCCCGUCCCGGGACCAAAUGGCACUGUCUUAAUGGAGACGCACAAAACCGUUGGGCAACAAAUGCUGAGCCUCCCGCACCUUUUCCAGACGGCCCUUCACGUCAUCCAAGUGGUGGUCAGCUACUUCCUCAUGCUCAUCUUCAUGACCUACAAUGGCUACCUCUGCAUUGCUGUAGCCGGAGGCGCCGGGACUGGCUACUUCUUCUUUAGCUGGAAGAAGGCGGUGGUGGUAGACAUCACUGAGCAUUGCCAUUAACACCAGCCAGCCACGCAGCUUCUGGACAGGACCAGGUUGACUGGAAACAUGCCAACGAACCGUAUGGGGUGCCCUCCCAUCAAUGCCUGCGCCAUUCGGUCGCUCUUUUCCCCUGCAUCUUCCCUCUUGAGUGGCUGGAAGAGAGCUGACAACUGGCUAGGCCCGUUUCCUUCGGAUUUUAAUGGCUUAUAUAAUAGAAACAAUUAGUGGUUUUGAUCUUCUUCUUUUUUAAAGACUGUCUUAUGAUUGAAAGUAACUGAUUCCAUGUUCUCCCUGUAAUGUUUUUAAACCGACAGCGUUUGGAUUUGGUGGGAAUCGAAUGAAAGAUGGCAUCAAAUCCAAAGUAGCUGACUGUCCCAAGGAUUUGGUGAGAAUUGAGUGGAAUUGUCACCGAGAAAUCCAAAGAUGUAAACAAUGAGCAAGUUAAUGCCAUUGGUUCCGAGGUUUUUAGGCCGCUUGGUUUCUCCGCUUUGACUUCCUCGUUCUUUCUAAACCGUAUCUGUUUUUGUCUUCUGCCCAAAUUAAUAAAUGGCCGCAGACAAUCUGACAAUAAUGGCACUUGAUGCGAAUUGUCCAUCGCCACUUAAUUGUGAAUGUGUAAAAUGUAUGCAAAUCAUUUUUUAAAACGUAUCAAGCAUCUUUUAAAUAAAUGGAUGGAACAAA